AUGGUCAUCUUCACUGGCGGGGCGCCCCCCGACGGAUGGCGUGAUUGGCCCUCCGAUAUCGUUCCCGCUCCGGGAAGGCGGAAAAAAAGUCGACGGGCCCUUGAGUCAGACCCCGUCGUGCCCUCUCCUCCAUACCUACAUGUGUGCGUCGACACUUCCAUGACCAUGGAUUCCGCUGCCCGCAACCUAGAAGCGAGCCAGAAUCCCCUGCCGCGCCCGUCACCCAGCAAUUGGGUCGUGCAAAAGUUUGGCGGGACCAGCGUCGGCAAGUUCGCGUUGAACAUCAUCGAACAGGUCGUCGAGUACGUUGGACUCUCUCUUUUGCUGUCAUGCGCAGUGUUGCUUACGAUUCUCUUCCCCCCAGACCCAGCCUGGUCGACAAUCGAGUCGCCGUCGUCUGUUCGGCUCGAAGCAACUCGACCAAGGCCGAAGGCACCACCAACCGGUGAGUCACCCCAGACCCUUCCAAACGCACCAAUUCUAACCGCCACAAGAUUGCUACGGGCAGCGCGGGAUGCGGGAAUCCCCCACUCGCGCCAGUAUGAAUCCCUCGUCGACGCCGUCCGACGGGAGCACGCCCUCGUCGCCGAGGAACAGGUCAAGUCACCGGAAUUGAGACAGCAAGUGAUCGCCGAUAUCAACGAGGAAUGUGAACGGGUCCUCAAAGUCCUCGAGGCGGCGCAGACCCUGGGGGAGAUCAGCGCACGCUGUGUGGACAAGGUCAUGAGCGCGGGGGAGAAACUCAGCUGUCGACUCAUGGCCGCCUUCUUGCAGGACCGAGGAAUCGACUCGCAGUAUGUCGAUCUGGCCGAGGUGAUUGAUUUCCCCAUCGGCAACCAAGGUCUCGACCAGGACUUUUACAACACGCUGGCCACCGCCCUCGGCAAUAAGAUCGAGGCCUGCGGACACCGAGUCCCCGUGGUCACCGGGUACUUUGGAACGGUUCCGGGCGGGCUGCUCGAUCAGAUUGGCCGAGGCUAUACCGAUCUGUGUGCGGCCCUCGUCGCCGUUGGAACCCAUGCCAAGGAGCUCCAAGUCUGGAAAGAAGUGGACGGCAUCUUCACGGCGGACCCGCGCAAGGUGCCCACGGCUCAUCUGCUCUCGACGAUCACACCCGCAGAGGCGGCGGAGUUGACCUUCUACGGCUCGGAGGUCAUCCACCCGUUCACCAUGGAGCAAGUGAUUCGCGCCAAGAUUCCAAUUCGCAUCAAGAACGUGAUGAACCCGAAAGGCCGGGGCACGGUCAUCUACCCCGACUCAACGGCCGAGCUCGAGCGGACCACUCCCGGGCAUGAUCCCCGACUGUUCCGUACUCGCAGUCCGAGCUUCAUGCAGAGACCCAAGCGACCAACCGCAGUGACCAUCAAGCACAAGAUCCUGGUGAUCAACGUCCACUCGAACAAGCGGUCGCUGUCACAUGGCUUCUUUGCCGGCAUCUUCUCGGUGCUGGAUAAGUGGCGCCUGUCGAUUGACUUGAUCUCGACGAGUGAGGUUCACGUGUCCAUGGCUCUCCAUUCGGAGAUGCCCCUCCUGAAUGGUAACGGACGGGACGAAUACCAAGUCAUUGACGACGACCUGAAGGGGGCCUUGAAUGAUCUCGGCAGCUACGGGACGGUAGAUAUCAUCCCGGAGAUGGCCAUUCUGAGUCUGGUGGGCAAGCAGAUGAAGAAUAUGAUCGGCGUGGCCGGCCGCAUGUUCACUACCCUGGGUGAAAACAACGUGAACAUUGAGAUGAUUUCACAAGGUGAGUUUACAAUCCUCGAUCUGGACCCUGGACAGGCGCUGAUCCACCUGUAG